ACUUCCAACGCUUCACGAUUUUCUGAAUCAAAUUUCUCUCAGAUCGCUUCUUGAUUGUCCUUCCUUUCUCGUCAAUACUCUCACUCCUCUCUCUAUUCUGUAUCUCAUUCAAUUCGUUCAUCAAUGGCUAUGCCUUCAAACAGGUCUUCAUCUUCCUCUUUAGCGGCAGCAUCAAGCAGAUCAAACCCUAAUCUGAGAAACUCUGAAAUCAGUAACGCUGUCAGAAGGAGUUUCAGUGGAAACCCUUUCCACAAACCUUCUAUCAUCUCAAAUCCUAGGAGUUUCAACCCCAACACUCCAGCCAAUAGUCCUUCGGAUUUCCCACGAAGAAACUCUAUUGGUGGUAAAGAAAGCAUAGAGUCCCUUGGCAACCUUGAUGACAAAGAAAAUGGGAAAGAACAUAUUCUUAAAUCGUCGAAGGUUCGAUCUCCAGCUGCUUCGAUGAAGGGCAUGAAAAAUUUCAUGUCUCCAACUAUAUCUGCUUCCUCUAAGAUUACAGAGUCUCCAAGAAAGAAAGUGCUCACGGACAGGAAUGAGCCAGCAAGAACUUCAUUUUCCUCGACUGAAGUUAAAAGCCCCAAUCGAAAGGUUACUUUCGCAGAUUCUCUUGAUGAAAACAAGUUUCAAACUUUUUCUGAUGGGAUCAUCAAGGAAGAGGUAGACAAGCAUAAAAGCCCCACUCGUAAGGUAACAUUCGCAGAUUCUGUUGAAGAGAAAACGUUUCAACCUUGGUUUGAUGAGCUCGUUGAAGAAGACAGUGAAGAACAUGCAGCUUACAUGGUUUCUGAAGAUUUAAAAGCUGAAGCAAGAAGCCCCAGUCGAAAGCUUCAUCCUUUUACUGAUGGGAUCAUCAAAGACGACAUGGAGGAACAUAUGUCUUCCAUGGUUUCUGAAGAUUUGGAAGCUGAAGGUUUGAAUUCGAUGAAUGAAACAGAAUCAGCAUUUGAACCUGUGACUAGUGCGCCUGAUUUUGUUAAUCUUGAUCCAUCUUUUAGGCUUAGUCCUACCCCUCCUCCAUUUUCAUCAACCUCGACCAUCAUAGCUCCUCUUGAUGCUGAUCCUUUGAUUCCACCAUAUGAUCCUAAAGAUGAUCCUUUGAUUCUUCCAUAUGAUCCUAAAGUGAAUUACCUUUCUCCAAGACCCCAGUUUCUUCGCUAUAAACCAAACCCAAGACUUCAACUUUACAGAGAAAGGAAAUCUACCAAGUUAGAUGACGGCUUGUCAGAUACAGAGCUAACAGAGGAGGCAUCGUCUGGUGGGUCAGAGAAGGAAUCAGAAGUUUCUUCGGAUGAAAUACUCAGUGAAGAUCAGAAUCAUGUUUCUGAAGCAAGUACACUCAUGUCGGAGGAAGAGAUUGCUGAAGCAAAAGGAGUUGCUAAACCGGGCUUCUCCAUGAGAUCAAAAGCCAUUGCUCUGCUUUUGCUUCUCUCAAUUGCUUGUUUUUCAUUCUCAAAUACAAAUCCUCAGGUCUUUGAUCCAUUCUUUAAAGAACUCGCCACUUGGUCUCAGACUUGUGAUUCCUCUGAGUUUUACCAGUUUGCAACAGCCAAUUUUGAUCGUUUUUCGGAGUUAGCCAAAGAAAAUUUGGACAUCUUGACUGGAAAUUUUCAUAUCUGGUUUACCAAGUUGAUGUCCUCAACUUCAAAAUUGGAACCAUCAUUUAUAGGAGUCCAGAAUUCUGGCCACUUGCAUCAUUGGAACCUGACUGAGUUGACAGAAAAUAUUGAGGUUUAUCAGUUUCCUAUAUUUGGUCAUGAUGGAAAUCUAAUACGAGAAGCUCUACAACUGGAUAUGCCAGUAUUGAACGUUGAAGAUGCUGAUGAUUUCACAGACACUUCUACUCAAGAUGAUAUUGGAGAUAUUAUUAUGGCAGAUCAUUAUGCUUCAGCAUAUGAAGAACAAGAAGUAGCAGUUCAGGAAUUGGAACCAGUCCCACCAAUCACAGAUGACAAUGAUGCUGCCAAAGAGAUUGAUACUGAUGGGGUAGUUAUUGCUGAAGUUGAAAUUGCUUCAUCUGCUUCAAAAAUUGGGGAGUUUGCUCAGGUUGGUGAACCCAAUAAGUCAGAAAGUAACACCGAUUUUUCAGAUUCAGAGACUCAUGAAAUUCAUGCUGAAGUUGAAAGUGCUUCAUCUGCUUCAAACAUUGAGGUGAGUGAACCAAAUCAAUCAGAAGGUAACACUGAAGUUGAAAGUGCUUCAUCUGAUGAGGUUAGUGAAUCCAGUCAGUCAGAAAGUAACGCUGAGACUCAGGAAAUUCAUACUGAAAAAUUUGAAGCAAAUAAUUUACAAGCAAAGCAGGCUCCAAAUAAGGAUGCUACUGGCAUUGUGGACCUUCAGGAUCAGUCAGAUUUGAACUCUGAAGUUGCUGAGACCACUGAAAUUCAUAGUGACAGUGAACCUAGUUCCGAGAUUCAUACCAAAGUGCAUCAUGAUGUACAACUGAAAUCAGAGGAAAAAUCUCUAGGAACAGUUAUUGCUGCAUCUAUACUUCUCUUUCUAUCCAUAAUUUCUGGUGCAGCGUUCAAGUUCUUGAAGAAGGAAGAUGUAGGAAGAAGAACAAGGGCUGAUACUACUACUACAGCUAGUUCAAUGGAGCAACCUCCCUCGACUAAGCCAUUGCACAAAGAGGAGGCCUCUUCACUGGAAAAGCCAUUUCUGAGGAAUAACCCAAUAGAAAUGGACGUUCUUGGUGAGUCAUGCCCUUCAGAAAUGAGCAGUUUUGAGAAGAGCUCAUCAUACUAUUGUAGCCAAAGAGUAGAGAAGGAGCAGAAUGAAGCUCAAAGCAUGGAGAAGAAGAAGCCAAAGAGGAACUAUAGGAGGGAAUCUCUCGCUUCUUCUUCAGACUCCAUGGGUGGUGGUUCUGCCUCCUAUGGAAGCUUCACCACUUAUGAGAAAAUCUCAAACAAGCAUGGACAUGGUGAUGGAGGGACUGUGACAACUGUGACUCCUGUGAGGCGUUCAAGCAGGAUUAGGAGCUUGGCCGGUUCACCAUCGUGAAGAUGAUGAUGCCGCGUCAAUUUAACACUGUUAAUGAUGUUAAUUAGCGUAGCGUGCUGCUAGGUUAUGAUUUGUUUAUGCUGGUGUGCUGCUAGAUUAUGAUUUGUUUAAGCAGAAGAAGCUCUAUCUUCUGAGCCUAAUCAUUUUAUGUGAAUGACUGAUGGAUUAUUAUUAUCAUCAUUAUUAAUCUAUCUUGACUUUCUUUGGCA